GACUUACCGCAGCUGCUGUUGCCCAAGAAAUACGUUAAAAAAUUGAAGGGCAUCAUCAUCAUUAUCAUCAGCAUCGUCCGGCAUGUGUCAUCGUGUGUCCACGGUGUUGCGCCUGGUGGUACUGCUGCUGCUGAUCAUGUGUACGCAUGGUAG